CUUCGUCCCCGGAAGAUUUCCCUGUCCGAGAGUCACCCGCUGCUUGUUUGUACGGCCACCAAUAAAGUUUCUCCAUUCAAAAUCACUUUUUUUUUUUUAAAGCCACCUCGCUCUCUUUCUGGGUUCCUUUGCGGCGGUCGCGGCUCUGCUGCCCCUGCCGCCGGUGUCGUGGGACGUGAUGGCGGGACCUCCGGCGUCUCUCUCCGGCCAGGACGUGGGAUCAUUUGCGUACCUUACAAUUAAGGAUAGAAUACCACAGAUAUUAACAAAGGUCAUUGAUACAUUGCAUCGACAUAAAAGUGAAUUUUUUGAGAAACAUGGGGAGGAAGGUAUGGAAGCUGAGAAGAAAGCUAUUUCUCUUCUUUCUAAGUUACGGAAUGAAUUGCAAACAGAUAAACCAAUUGUCCCCUUUGUUGAGAAAUUUGCUGAUACCGACAUAUGGAAUCAGUACCUAGAAUAUCAGCAGAGUCUUCUAAAUGAAAGUAAUGGGAAACCAAGCUGGUUCCACUCGCCGUGGUUGUUUGUAGAAUGCUACAUGUACCGCAGAAUUCAUGAAGCAAUUAUCCAGAGUCCACCAAUUGAUGACUUUGAUGUAUUUAAAGAAUCCAAAGACCAGAAUUUUUUCGAGUCACGGGAAUCUGUUAUUGCUUUAUGUACUCACCUGCAACAGUUGACAAGAAGUAUUGAUGACCUAGAAGAAAAUCAGCUGAAAAAUGAGUUUUUUAAACUUCUGCAGGUUUCGCUGUGGGGAAAUAAAUGUGAUCUCUCUAUCUCGGGUGGGGAAAGUAGUUCUCAGAAGACCGACGUGUUAAAUUCUUUGGAAGACCUGAAACCUUUCAUUUUAGUGAAUGACUUGGAACAGCUUUGGUCACUGCUUAGCAAAUACAAGAAAGCAGGAGGAACCACCCCCCUCGUUAGAGUGGACAUUGUUCUGGACAAUUCUGGGUUUGAACUCGUCACUGAUUUAGUGCUAGCCGACUUCUUCUUGUCCUCUAAGCUGGCCACUGAGAUUCAUUUCCAUGGAAAGACUAUUCCGUGGUUUGUUUCUGACACUACCAUACGUGAUUUCAAUUGGCUGAUUGAGCAGGUCAAGUCUUGUAACCAUAAAUGGAUGUCCAAGUGUGGGGCUGACUGGGGAAAGUACCUUAAAAUGGGUAGAUGGAUUUACCACGAUCAUAUAUUUUGGACUCUGCCCCACGAAUACUGUGCAAUGGCUCAGGUCGCUCCUGACCUAUAUACUGAACUACAAAAGGCACAUUUGAUUUUAUUCAAGGGUGAUUUGAAUUACAGGAAGCUGACAGGCGACAGAAAAUGGGAGUUCACCGUUCCGUUCCAUCAGGCUCUGAAUGGCUUCCAUCCUGCUCCUCUGUGCAGCAUCCGAACGUUAAAAGCUGAGAUCCAGGUCGGUCUGCAGCCUGGGCAAGGGGAGCAGCUCACAGCUGCUGAGCCCAGCUGGCUGACCAGUGGGAAGUAUGGCGUAUUUCAGUUCGAUGGUCCACUUUGACGUGGUCAAGGAACCCUCAGCUGUGUAGAAGAUGUGGCAAGCACUUUUUCACCCCAGAAAAGCAGUGAACUUAGUCACCUGGCUGCUCUGCAGUAGCCCUGGGAAGCUUAGCUUCUGGGUGCGCCUUCCAUGCUCUCUCGGUAGUGUUUCUUGGGGAUGUCUUGGCCCGCCUCACUGGUCUGGGGCUGGAUGAUUUAGGCUCACUACCGAUUUUACAUAUAUGUUGGAAUUGUAGUGGCAUUUCAAGUUAAAUGCAUAAUUUCAGGUAGCUUUAAUGAGCUUUAUUGGGUAGAAAGCAAAACAGAAAUGUAUUCUGCUUUUUAAGUUAACGUUUUUUUUCUUAAAUGAUAUACUGCAUUGUGUUUAAUAUUCUAAAAAGCAUGGAAUUUUAUUUGACUUGAUUCUUUGUAAAGCAAGGCUUUUCUUACAUUGUCAUGUUUGAACACAUAAAAGCAAAACUUACCUCAUAAAUUAAUUCUAACUUUGUUCUUCUGGGAUUCUAUUUCAUUUCAGUUAGCCCAUUUUAUUCGCAUGUAUAUGAAUGUUUAUUGACCUGUGGAACAAGUGUUAGGAAACCACAAAAUUGGACAAUGAAACAGAUGGUUUUUGAAGAAAUGUAAUAUAUUUUACAUUCUAUUUAUGAUAUCUGUAAGCAAUCAAAAUUAUUAUUUUACCCCAUAAGUGUUAUAAGUGAACAGAUUUUUUUAGUUUGCUAUUUUAGAAGAUUGUUACGCAUUUGGAGUAUUAACAACAAUGAAUCAAUUCUUUUUUAUAUCCUUAAACAUGUUAUUAUUAGUUAUCAUUGCAGAUAUUAAAGACUAAAAAUCUUCAAUUUGUUUUGAAACUGAAAUUGGAAAAUAACCUGGAUAUGUUUUCUUGCACUGGAAUAAUAAAGUGAAUUGUACUAAGAA